AUGACCCCUUAUCCUCAAGGGAAUCCGGACACUUCAAAUUGCAACAAGAAUGAUUCAACAUUAAUUUCGAACGAUGUUGAUGAUGAUUACAUAAUACAUACUUCAUCUAUUCGACUACCUUUUAUUGCUGCUGGGUUAGUGAACGCUGCAGUCGCUGAACUGUUAAAUCAACUAUCAUGUCGAUUUUUUGAAAUGGCUAUAAUCACUUCGAAAAUUGCAGACAGUCAGAAAAAUUCGUUAGUAAAGCAAAAGGAUCAAGAAGAUAUCGACAAUGAUGCGCAAAAUACAUACAGUAAUAGUAAUUCAUCGAUUUUUCCACAAAAUGAAGGACUUACUACUACACAAGGUCAAUCAGAGUUACAGAAAAAAAUGCGAAUGGAUUUAGAUAAUCUAAGUGGUCUAUCACCUGACCAAAUGCCCACUUUACAACUGAAUAAUCAAGAUGUAUUCACCGCUCCGCUUCACCCUCCUCAUCCUGGUACUAUAGCUGUUUCAUCAUCAUCUUCUCUUUCCAUAUCUUCGACGAUUUCUUUGUUUACAAGCUCUUCAGAAAAUUGUAACACUCUCUCAGAAAUAAUGAAGAUUAAAGAAGAAUCAGAAGUGGGAUAUCCACUAGAAUUGAGCAUUGAUCGUGGAGAUACUAGUAAUAAUAAGAAUGACUAUUCUACACAUGCUAAUAACUUUGUAAGUAAUCAAAUCAAUGAUCAAUAUCAAUGCCAACAAAAUCAUCAAUCUAAUUUAGCACGUAUUGCUACAGUGGAUUAUUUAAAACGUCAUCCUUGUACUUAUCGUGGUUGUGGUAAAGUGUUUUUUAGUCGAACAAGUCUUAUAUAUCAUAAACAAAGUCAUGCAAUUGAAAAACCAUACAAAUGUACAUAUCCUAAUUGUGGUUUAACAUUUUGUAAUGAGGCUUUAUUAAAAACACAUAUACAAUUACAUGAACCAAAACAAUUACGUGAACGUUUCUCAUGUACAUUACCAGGAUGUAAUAAGGUAUUUGUUACACGUGAAUGUCUUAUAGAACAUAUACGUAUACAUACUGGUGAAAGACCAUUUAUUUGUGAUUAUCCAGGAUGUACACAUCGUUUUGCUAGACGAUGUAAUUUAUUCGCACAUAAACGUGUACAUUUAGAUAAAAAUCAACGUCGUCAAUAUCAUUGUAUACAUGCAGGUUGUGGUAAAACAUUUUUAUAUUCACGUAGUUUAACUGAACAUAUGAAUGUACAUUUAGGUGAACGUCCAUAUGUUUGUGAUUAUCCAGGAUGUGAAAAAAGUUUUACAAGUAAAAGUUAUCUUUAUGCACAUAGAAGAAUACAUUUAAGUGGUAUAGAUAAAUCAAUCAAUGCUACAUGUUCUUCAUCAUCUAGUAAUCAACAAUUUGAUUAUAAUAAUACUUCUAUUACUACUACUAAUAACAAUAAUAAUAGUAAUGUACCACCAAUACCAGUCACAGUAACUAUACCAGUUCUUCAACAAAUUCAUUAUCCAUUUCCACAAUCAAUUUUAUCAAAUAAACAACAACUUCAACAUCAUCAAAUUCAGCAUCAUCAUCAUCAACAACAACAAGUUCAACAACGAAUUCAAUCUCAAUUACAACAUCCUCUUUUAACAAAUGCAAAUAUUAAUAAUAUGACUAAUAAUUUAUCAGCUCAUUUAUUCUAUUCUAAUCAACAUAAUUAAUAAAUUGAACAUUGAAUUAACUAUUUUAAAAAAGAAAUCAAUACAAGCAUUCAUUCAAACAAAUAAAACUUUUCUCCAUUUUAAUUAUUGAUUUUUUUUAAAAAAAAGAACAUAUCAAGGCAUAAUAAUAUGAUACUUUUAAAAUAUAUCCAUGUUUUUCUUCUUUUUUUGGUUUCCUUGUUUGAUAUUCGUCGUUUUUCUUUUUUUCUUUCUUUUUCUCUUUUUUCUUUAUUUGUUUUGUAAGGGGAAAUAUAGAAAAGAUAUUUCAGUUUGUAACUGAUCGAUAGUUGCUUCAUUAUGGAUGGUACUUUUCGUAAUUGUUGUUGGAAGGAUUAGUUGUUAUUAUUAUUAUUAUUAUUAUUAUCAUUAUUAUUAUUAUUGUUUAAAUAUAUAAACAUUGAUACAAAA